UGUGUCGACACUUAUUAUCAGUAGUGUAAACGCUGUUUAGUUGGAAGGUCAAACUCGUUCGACACAUAUUGCAAAAGUUGGUUGAUCGUCUACUUUUCUGGCGAUAAAAUUUAGUGUCGUGCAAAUAUGGCUGAUGUUAAAAAAGAGUGGUUAAAAGCCGAAAUCGAGGAAUUAAUUAUUAUGUACCAGGGCAAACCGGUAUUAUGGGAUGUUAAAAGCAACAUUUAUAAAAACAGGGUGAAGAAACAAGAUGCCUACCAGGAAAUGGCAGAAGAAUUUAAUACGACAGUAGAAGAGAUUCAAAGGAAAAUUCACAACUUGCGAAACCAAUUUAACAGUGAAUUUAAAAAAAGCAAAAAGAAACAAUCCGGCCAGGGCACUGACGAACUGUAUGUGUCUAAAUGGCCCUACUAUAAUUUGUUGUUAUUUCUACAAGGAAGCUCGGAGUGCAAAACAGCAACAGGAAAUUUUGAAAAAGACGCAACCGAAAACAACACGCCAUCUGACAACCAAGGUAUAAUAACAUUGGAACAGUCUGCCGAAGAAAAUCGAUCUGACGCCACACCUAAGUCGCAAAAUAAUGAGCCUAAUCCCAGGAAGAAGAGAAAAAUUGAAGUUUGUGAUAAAAAUAAAUUAAUCAUGCAAAAAGCUAUACACGCAUUGUACGAAGAAGACGAUGUCUAUGAUGUUUUUGGCAAAUAUGUUGCAUCCGAAAUGAGAAGUCUCUCUUCUGAAUAUUUACGUAAAAAAAUGAAAAGACAAUUUCAGGAAGUUAUACUGCGCAUAAAUGAAGAAGAUGAGCUACUAUCAAGCCCCACAUCUCAUCACAGCUAUAGCAAUCCAAAUUCGGUUGCUUCUCAAAGCUACAGCAAUCCAAAUUCAGUUGCUUCUCAAAGCUACAGCAAUCCAAAUUCAGUUGCUUCUCAAAGCUACAGCAAUCCAAAUUCAGUUGCUUCUCAAACCUACAGCAAUCCAAAUUCAGUUGCUUCUCAAAACUACAGCAAUUCAUAUUCAGUUGCUUCGGUUCGUGGAUAUGUGGGGUCUCCAGAACAUUCUGCACACUAUACAACUUUAUUACAAUCAUCAGACACCUUAGCAUCUUACAUACAGACUCAAACUGAAAGUAAUAACUCAUAAUCUACUUAAACAAUUACCUUAAUGUAAUCUUCUUUUAAUGCUCACAUUAUUGCUCUGCACACUUCAGGAACAAUGAGGCUUAUUGUACAUUUUG